ACCGGGCCGGGGCCCCGGGGGCAGGGGCUCGGGCUCCCCGUGAACGUCCCCGGGGCCGGGGCCGGGGCCAUGAACGGCUUCAGCACGGAGGAGGACAGCCGGGAAGGGCCCCCAGCCCCGGCCCCGGCCCCCACGCCCGCCGCUGCGCCCGCGCCCGCCCCCGGCUACGGCCAGAGCUGCUGCCUGAUCGAGGACGGGGAGCGCUGCGUCCGGCCUGCCGGCAACGCCUCCUUCAGCAAGAGGAUCCAGAAGAGCAUCUCGCAGAAGAAACUCAGACUGGACAUCGACAAGAGCGUAAGACAUCUGUAUAUCUGUGAUUUUCACAAAAAUUUCAUCCAGAGCGUACGAAAUAAAAGGAAGAGAAAGACCAGUGAUGAUGGUGGAGAUUCUCCUGAGCAUGAAACAGACAUCCCUGAGGUUGAUUUGUACCAGUUGCAGGUGAAUACAUUGAGGCGCUACAAAAGGCAUUACAAGUUGCAGACCAGACCAGGAUUCAACAAGGCACAGCUAGCAGAAACUGUCAGCCGUCACUUCCGGAACAUCCCAGUGAACGAGAAAGAGACCCUUGCUUAUUUUAUCUAUAUGGUGAAGAGUAACAAGAGUAGACUGGACCAGAAAGCAGAGAGUAACAAGCAACUGGAAUGAUGAACACUGUAAAGAAAUUAAGUACAAUACUUAAUGGACUGGUAAUACCUGGUACAUUUGUACCUAUGAAGACUGUUAAAUUCUACUGUAAAUUUAAGAAAAAAAAGUAUGAAUGAUGGAAGAAUUCAAUUUUCAGUUCAGUUCAAUGAAGAUUCAUUAAGCGCCUACUAUAUAUGUAAGGCCCUUUGUGGCCAGGAGUAGUGUAUUCUAUUGCUUCAAUAUGUGUAUAGAAAGACUUUCCUUUAAGACUGGAUUGAGAAAUAGAGUCAAGCACUCUUACAUGACUGUGGCAGACCAUGAUGCAGCAGAUUACAGCAUUAAAUCAUUUCUUCUGGAAAUGUGGGAUCUAAUAGGUUAUAAAUCAAGCAAUUCAAUAACUACCCUAGAGCCAGAUGGCCAUCGUGUUGGGACCCAGCCAUAGACACCAGGGAAGCAGCAGUUGAGGAUUAAGGUCCGGGGGCAGAAGGAUGCCUGUACCUUCAUGUAACCUGCCCAGGGUCCAGAAGUCCCUCAUUUCUCACCAGCUUUGCAGUUCACUGGAGUCAGCCAACACAUCCUUCUGAACCCAUUGGAAAUCUGUUUCCACACCACCAACACAGUGCCUUGCCUGGAGUAGGCACUCAGAUAAAGAUCUGUUGGUUUAUUGAGCACCAAAAAUACCAAAUGUGAACAGCUGCCACAGAUCUCUGCUGUUGGAAUGGUGGGAAAGAUUAGUAUCGUGCUUCAGGUAGGAGUUGGGCUGGAUGACCACCCCAGGUCCCUUCCCAACUCUAAGAUUCUGUGACCUUAUUUUGAAAAGAAUGAAAGAAAUACAAGUAUUUGGGGUGUGUGUGUGUGUGUGUGUGUGUGUGUGUGUGUGUGUUAGGGGGAGGGAGGGUGUUGGGGUGAUUCAAGCCAAAUUAGGAUUUCAGGGCAGUUGUGUUUGUUGAGCAAUGUUGCAUUUCUAGAAAUACUGACAUGAAAACCCUUAUAACUGGUUUUGCUAUCCUUGGUACACACACAGCUUUUUUGGCUGAGGCUAUGAGCUAGGACCCUAACCACCUUCCUUCUUUCAUGAAUAAAAUUCUCUGCCAAACAGAAGAUUCCUUCAAAAAAAUUGCCAAGGAUAGUGGUGUGAUAGUCUCCACUCAAAACCAGUUGAGGAACAGAACAGAAAAUGUUUGGGCUUCGGUGAUCAUGCAGCAUUGUCAGGUCUCCAAAGGUGUCCUCAAUAGAGCUUUUCUAUACCAAUGACCCAUGCAGUUUGUGCAGUUUGCUUCUCCUUGAUUGAUAAAAUAAGCUAAGUAAUUUAAGCUUAGUAAUUUAUCCUGAUGUUCUAAAGGUAAGAGUCUAACUCUUCUCAUAUAAUUGUAUGUCAAAGCCAAGGGUUCCCCCCCCCCCUAAAGUUUUAUGCUUGAAAGUGUGCUUUUUGCAAAAGGCUGUAAUCAGGGUGUUUGAAAAAAGAAAAAAGCUUGGAUUUUUACUCUCUGAUUUUCUUGAUGUUUGUGUUUAAAUGGUCAGCUGCCAUGUUCUUACUUGGUUUUGACACUGAGAUCUUAACCGUAAGCAAUCAAAGUAGUUUUACCCCCAAGACAGAAUGUUAGUAUUUGUACAGUGGAGACACCAGGAGUGUGAAAGUGAGAGAAUUGUUGCUGGCCGGAUUUACAGAGUUUUGAAAGAUUUAGUGGAGCAGAUCCACAUAAAUACCACCUACAGGUCACUCACUACCAGGAGCACUUCUGUAACUCAAUUGCAACAUGCUCCCAUCGCUGGAAAGCUUUUUACCCACAUCCAAAAUGCAUGUUCAAAGAUCCAAGCAUUUUUAAAUAUUUGUAAAUGAAUGUAUAUAGACUAUACUUUGGAUCUUGGGGAUCUUAUUUUAAUGUGCUUCCUGCACAAAAGAAGAGGGUGAAGUUUGCUCCCUGAGGGCUUGCAUUCAUUUCAAUUCCAUGUAUAUUUAUUCAUAAGAAUUGGUCACAGUUCUAUAGUGCUUUGCCAUUUACAAAGCACCUUCUUCACAGCAAAACUAGGAAGUAUCUAGAACAAGAAUUACCCAUAUUUUACAGAGGAGAAAACUGGAGGUGAGUGACUUGUCCAAGGUCACGUGGGUGACCAGUCCAUUGGUGGUAAAGAGAGGACUCCGACUAGAGUUUUCUGACUGCAAGUGUAGCCCUCUUCCUCCUACCCUGUGCUGCUUCUAGCCUGUCUUGCUGUUUUUAGCUAAAGGAUCCUGGGGUGGGCAUCCUGAAAGAUAGAAAGGACCUGCACCGCUGGAGAAUGUGUAUGUCUUAUCUUAAUGAGGUUGAUCCUUUUCCAAGAGGCUGUGUCAAACCCUGAUAGACCCCACCAGGACCUGGUACUGUCCCCUCUCUGGUUACCUAAAGGGGGGUGAUUGAUAUUCCCUCUGGUCUAUAAUUGAUGGGGCGGUUGGGGGGCCUGUGAAUUAAAACAGUAUUUGAAUGCCCUCUGUGAAAAUGUUGGUAUUUCAAAGAAUAAAAUAUCUCUCUAACUCUCAGACUAAAAUGGUGAAACAU